AUGUUGGGAAGGCUGAUCCAGGGCUACUCCCGAGGUGGCCAGCUCGAAAGCGCCACCGAUGAAUCCCAUACUCGCGCCCUUCUUUGGCCCGACUUCCAAUCCCGCGAUGGUCGCCCAGCUUCCUCCGUCUCACCGCCUACCACUCCCUUUGGUUCUCCAACUCUGCGCGUAUCGCCCUUCGACGACAAAGCUGGCUUGGAGUUGAAUGAUACAAAGGAUCUAAGAUUGAUCAUCGCCCAAGAUGCUUUCGGAACAAACGACCGACCUUUGCUUCUUUUUGAUACUCAGUACUCCGAGUCCUCCACUACCCCACCCGACUCGGUCUCGAGCAGUCGAACCAAUGCCUCGCCCUUGAUGUCCUCCUUGGGUCCUCGCGCAGAUCCCGGAAUCCCGGCCAAUGGUCAUAUCAGGCACAGAAGUUCAACCAUCUCUGGUGCUUCAGCCUCUUGGAUUCGUUCGAGUAAGGAGUCGGACAACACCGAUCACCUGGGGAAUGUCUUAGACUGUAUGUUCGGCGUUAGUAGCGCCACAAAGACCGAAUCCAGUACAAAAAUGCACCUUCUACCUGGUGAACGGAAUGCAAACAAUGACUUGGGUCCACGCACUCCUACUCAUGCGCCAGCUGGGGUGCCGACUCGCGCCCCCCUCUUGCGAGCCAAAACCGCAAUUCACACGGUACAGACUCAUCGCCAACAUAUCACUGUAAAGGAGUCGGAAACAGAAACUCGCGACGCCAUCUUGAUCACUCGAGUCUUUACCAUUAUUCUUCCAGAUGCUCAAGAGGAUAUUCGCCAGCACCGAACCUCCUCUGCUGACCAUUCAGACGGUGCCAGGCCUGCACUCCAACCGCAGGAUCAGCAUGAAAUCCCCCCGGCCUAUUUGAAGAAACCCAAAAUCGUGGAAAAGAAAACACCCGUGUUUGCUAUCGGUCUUCUAUGCUAUCUUCCCAAUGGCGAUGUCCGACCAGGCACUGCCAAUGCCAGACCUUCUUCACGCGCAUCUUUCACUCCUUCAGGAACCCCAAACUCGUAUGGUUCCGAAUCCAUGUCUUCCUGGACCUUUCUCAAUGCCAUACCCGAGCACCUCAUGUCUUCCGAGUCAAGCGGGACCAUGACCGAUAAGGGUGUCGAUGUUAUUGUCAAAAACUGGGACGUUAUUCUGCGAAGCCUGGGUGUGGUAGAAAAGUUGUCCCGCUCCUACAUCGCCCACUCUCUACAACAAGUGAACCUGGCAAUCAUCUCAUCCGUUGCAAAAGCCCCUAAAGGACCCGCCGAACAACGAACUAAUCAACGUAAUGUCUAUCUUCGCACUCCCAAUCUACUGAACCAAACUGGUCCAUUAAAUCGCCUGGUGAAGCAGACUCUGUGGCGAGUUUCGUACGCUUUUCGUGUCCCACGCGUUUUAACCGGCUUUGGUCUUGACAAUGGCGGCCACUGGCUUGACGAAGCUCGUUACCUGGUACGCAUCUCUGGAAACAAGCAGCAGAACUUUUUUCUCUUCAAUCUUUUGACAGCUUUUCUCGGAAAUCAUACCGAGUGGCUGGAACGUCUCGGUCCGGACUGGUAUCGUAAACAAUUCAAGGCAAUGAAUAGAGGCAAGUCUCGACCCAGCAAUCUCGCCUCGCGGACCGUGAUAGUUUGUGACAACCGCUCCACCGCACGGCGCUUCAUAUUCCUACUUGCCUCAUUUCUUCCUCGUUCGCACGCCCUCAAUUUAGUGGCCAGGUCUGGCACAGACUUUGUAUCACCGCUGCUCACACCAGAUAUUGUUUCCACCUCCCCAGCACCCAGACACACUUAUGAAGGAUCAAUUCGUCGUCAUACUCAUGGUAAAUCGAGAGAUGGUACGUUGACAUUCCCGCGACGCGACGUGACAGGUUUGUCGACCAGUACGUCUUCCAACGACAGUCUUGGGGGUAUUGGGAAGGCAAUUCGAAACAGUUCUCGUUCAGCCUUUGCCCGUGAAGAUUUGCAAGAGGGCCUUGACAAACCUCCAGCUAUCCUGGCGGCAGGCGAUGGUGUGAAUCAAGUCCAUAAAACAUCCGCCACCAGCUCGACAGCUACCCCUAAUGCCACCACUCCCAUGCCUCACUUUGCAUCCAAGGUCGAUAGUUAUUUUCCUGAGGAUGCCAUUGUGGACGAAGAAGAGAGUGGUGCGAGUGCUGAUCUUGCUCGUAUUCUGCGAAGAGAUAGCAGCAGCUACACAUCUAUCAAUCAGCCAUCAAUGAAAUGGGGCUCACUGAUUAGCAAUGUGAGCGGGUUCUGGUCUCGAAAACCCGACUUACCGCCACAAGACGAGCAAGCCACUUUUCCGCGAGUUCCCACGGACAGCCUUCGUGACCGCCGACACUUGGCCCCACGAUCAGUGCCAAUUCACCCCCGUCACCAAAGCCCCCUCCAGGCAAUGGUGGAUGAAGCUAGAGAUCUUCGACCCAAACACGGUAAGAACAAGGACGAUCUGUCUUCUACUGCUACCAGACGCCUUUCUGCCACUCCGAAUGAUGUCCCUGCACCUCAUCUCACCGUGGACGAUAAGGACGGUGUAGUCGAUGUUGACAUCAAUCUGCCCGGAUUCGUGGGCUGGGCAGAUUCUAAGGUGCUCUCUCUUCCAACGUCGCUGCGCCAUCAGUCUCCAUCGGUUCUGAGUGAGGACAUUGCCUCGUCUUAUAGUUCGAGAUCGGUGGUCUCUGACAGCGUCGGGACGAAAAAUAUCAGAGUAGGCGGCUAUUUGAGGCGAUAUCAUGAAGAUUUUAGUCUUCAAGGUGUCAAACCAUAUGCUGAACUCCAAGACGAUAUCAAGCAGAGUAUGACCCGAGAGAUGACACCAAGCGGCGAUCUCUACAGUCCUCUUACAGAAGAGGAAACAACUACUGGUGGCCGAUGGGUCAAUAUCUGUACCACUCUAGUCGCUGAUUUACGCACAUUCACCAUACAACGCUUCACACUGAGGCGUAGAAUUGAUAGUGACACCCCGGCAGAUAAAUCUCGGCCCACAAAGCCUGAGGAAGCUCAGCAAAGAGCUCCUCGAGGGUUAGCUAACGACAAGGUUGAGGAUUUGAUUGUUGAAAGUGUGAUGGACUUCGAUACGACGUUGACGGAUGCGAUUGAGCGAGUCCUGGUUGAGACAGAACUACCCUCGCAAAAGUCCAUUGCACCCUCGAGAACCCAUUCAAGGACUGUGUCUACUGGAACAACUGGCUCUGUAAAAUCCGAGCCUUUGGAAAUAUCAGGACCUGGAAAGAUGCGCGACUGGGGUCGUCCUUCCACUCUCUCACAAUCCGACUGUCGACAAGCUGUGGUCGGUGCAUUGGAAGAAGUGGUCAAGAGCGUCAACGAUGAUCUGACCAAACAGUAUCGAGAUGUGGACCGUAGGGUCAAUCUCAAUCCCAAAGCAAUGAAACAAGCAGCGAAACAAGAUAACGUCUUGCGUGAAGGCGUCAAGAAAUGGCUCUUGAACGUCGAAACGAGGAGUGUCUGGUAG